GUUUAGUUCGGGAUGGUUCGUAACCAAGAGUAAUACACCUACAUCUCUACUACUACUCUUAUUAAACCCCCCAUUCCCAUUUCCUAUUCUCCAUUUUCCCCCUCCCCUCCACUUGAUCAAUAAAAUCACCACAACUACUUUCAAGCUAAAUUGACGGGGCUAAAGGAGCAAACACCCCAUUCACCACAUCCUCCGACACAUGCAUAUAACCCACUUCCACUACUACUACUACUACCACCACCACCACUACUCCUACUCAAGAGUCUCCAUAGAGAAGAUCGACCCAUCCUAUCAACCAUUCCCAUUCUGGUCCACCACCGCCUGUACUUUGUCUACACUAACUAAACUUACAUCCUUGUUCACCAUCACCACUAAACCACAGCCAAGUCUGGUCUCCUCCCCACUCAGGACCUCAUCAUCAACGCUUUCUGGCUCUCUCUUUCCCCUCUCUCUCUCCUGCCUGUGAAUUAAUUAAGAUACCUCGCAAGCCCAGUCGCAGACAGGAUUUCGGACUUGACCUUAUCUUGUUGCCCCUCUUCUCUACUCUUCUUCCCUUUAGUCUUGCUUUACAGCCUCGGACCAUUUUUGGUGACAACUCCUUCCCCCCACAACAUCCUGUAGGUUUUCUUUUUGGGUACCCACCUAAAAGAAAGAAAGAAAGAAAAAAAAAAAAGAAAGAAAGAAAAUUCACCUCUAUUUUUCGAGGUGAAUGUACGGCCAAUGUUGUCCAUGCAAAAAAGCUCUGCCUUUGUGUUCACUUCGUCGGAACUUGACCAUCAUCACGGCAACUCCACCCGCUCGGGCAGUUUUUCGGAAAACCCCGCCCUCGUUGACUGUCCGUUCGGAGACGACUCAUCCGUCUCCCAUCGUACUAGUAUAAGUACGGAUGGCAUCUCCAAUGAGUCGCUGGAAUCUUGGGACGGUGACGGGCCGUCCGCCAGCUCACCGGCCCCCGAGCUGGAGGUGAAGAUCCACGACGUGUCGCAUUCGCUCGACUCGACUUUCCCGACCACCACCCGAAGGUUUACAUUUAGCAUGAUGACUUCCCAUGAAGACGAUGUCGACAUGGACGACGUAUCGCCCAAGGUCGAAGAGUUGGAUGAUGCAGAUGAGUUGCAGAGUAUCAAACCUUUGGGGGCGGUGGAUCCGAUGGCCAAUGCGAACUCAACCCAGUCGGACGUCACGGCUACUCCCGUCAAUGUUCCACGGAAGCGCGGCCGACCUCGCAAACACCCCCUUCCCAUCCCCGGUGGUCAACUCAAAAUCACCAAAGGUCGUUCCAAGACAGGCUGUAUUACCUGUCGGAGACGAAAGAAGAAAUGCGACGAAACCAAGCCAUCUUGUCUGAACUGUCAAAAGAAUGCAGUGGUCUGUGAAGGGUACCCCAAGAAAGAGGUCUGGAAAAGCGGCAAGCAGAAAUUGGAAGAUGCUGCUCGGGUCCAUAACAUGGUCUCUCGGUCCCUUCCCUUUCUGAUUGACGGAAUUGAAACCGAUAUCGAUCGACGCUUCUUGGACCACUUUGUCUACGGUUUCAGCCGAGUCCUGACAUUGAUCAACGAUGAUUCUAACCCCUUCAAGGAGAUCCUCCUCCCCAUGGCCACCCAACAUCGGGGACUAAUGCAUUCGCUUAUGUGUCUGUCCGGGUCACACUUAUCGGGACUCGAGCCAGAGCCGAAGUUUAUAGAGCGCAAAUUCCACCAUUUCCAUCGGGCGAUUAAAGACUUACAGCGCAACCUCGAGAUGAAAGGCUCCUCGAAACCGAAUAAGCCGGGAGAAGAGCCCGACCUCCUGGUAGAAGAUCCGAUAAUUGCCUCGACUAUAGCUCUCAGUUUGAACACAAUAUGUGAAGGCGAAACCAGGGGGGAGUACAGAUUCCAUAUGGAUGCUGCGAAAUAUCUCCUAAAACACCAGAAACCGAGGAAUGAGAAAUUUCGGCAGUUCAUUGUCGAAUUCUUCCAGUAUCAUGAUGUUUCUAACUCAGUCACCUCACUCGACCGACGGCCCGCCCACCUGAAUGGCGAGCUCAGACUACCCGACUUUGUGCCACACGCACAAGCAGGGAUGUUUCUAGGAGUAUUUGAUGGACUGUUCAACUACAUCUCAGAAGUGACCAGGUUGCGGGAUCGGAUCAGACAGCGACAUGGUGAGGGGUAUGAGCCAGCGGUCGAUUACCAGAUUUUGAGUGAGGCUGUCUCCAUCGACUCAGCUAUCCGGCUUUGGGAAACCUCCUACCCCCCCAACACUGCGAAUUGGUCUUUGGCGCAGCUUUACCGGCAGUCGACCUGGGUGUACCUCUAUCGCACCAUUCGCCCCUCACAGCCAGGUGACAAGAUAGCCCAGGUUGUGGAUGAUGGCCUGGCAUACCUGGAUCAGCUCCCACAGGAUGCUGGUGCCUACAGCAUCGUCCUGAUGCCGUUGUUCCUGCUCGGAUGCUCGGCAUUUCUCGAGCCCCAGCGGAAGCGGAUCCAGAAAGGGUUCGACACACUCAAGUCCUACUCAAACCUUCGCAACAUCGAACCUGCAUUCAAAGUCGUGAAGAAGGUGUGGGAAGUCAUGGACUCCAACAUUAAGGAAAGUUGGGAUUGGGAGAAGAUUAUCAGUGAUAUGGACAUGGACUUCCUCAUCACCUAAGUCAGGCUUUCCACCCAGACUUGCAUUACUGCCUAUCGAAGUGGUAUAUCAUCUUUAGGAUCCGACAGCUUUGAAACGUUCACUCCGUUUCUUCUUCUUGCAAUGCUCGCUCUCCAUGUAGGAGGUGAGCAAAUGGCGUUAUGUGACCCAUGCAUACAUUUUCUUUUGGUGUUUUUCUUGCUUUCUUGGCGAUAGGAAUGGUGUGGUGAAAUUGGGACCCAGUGUCAAAUUUGAGACACGAGAACAAACCCCUGUGUUCCUCUAGGGCUACGGGACAGAAAACGGCGUCGGUGCAUGGUUAAGGGCACACAAUCACGGACUACGCUAUAUUGUAUCUCAAAUCUUUGUCGGGGAGGUGCCUAAGGGGAAAUUUCCAGAUGACUUUCAGCUUUUAUUGUUCCUGUAUUUAUAUCUCCAGCUGGGCCGAUGUGCUUUUUGUUGUUUAAGUGACUGUGACGACCCUUUUCUUACUUCCUUGUAUAAUGAUUGCUGCUCUGAGUGAAUAAUUCAAUUCAAAUUAUGAUAAGCCAGUA